UAGUGCUUGAGCUCAGACUCAGAACUGGUAGUGCCAUGGAACGCUCGUCUGCUACGCUGCCCUCCGAUUCGGGUUCAGUGGUUGGGGCUGGGGGUGGGGGAGCUUCUAAGUACCUGGCCAACCUUCCCUCUCGCGGCCUCUUCUCCUCCACCGUUAUCUCUUCUAAUCCGAUUUCCAGUUACACUUUGCAACUUUUCAACCCAUCUGACCUAUUGUCUGUUCUCUACUCUGCUGUUGUUAAAAGUAUAUCUCAUGCUAGAAGUUCUUACCCUCACAUAUAUUUCCAUCCAGAGGAGCAACUAAUAAAGACGAACCAAACAAACAUACUGAUUAGGUCUCUCACACUUAAGAAACAGAAAAGUGAUUCCAGCUCAAAGGAUGUGAAGGGUAAAGGUACAACUGAGAGCACCAAGGGCAAGAGAGCUGCUGAGAGAGCUGUAGAUGGGAGGGCUUCAGCCAAGAGAGUGAACAUGACAAACCGUUCUGGAAAUCCUAAACAAGAGGGAACCAGUACUCGCACAUUUGAGAGGGAUUUCCAGGGUCUUACUGUGGAGAGGCUGCGUGCCCGUCUAAAGGAGAGGAGUCUGUCAGUCAAAGGAAAGAAGGAUGUACUGAUUGCACGCCUGAAAGGUGAUAGGGUUGAUGGCGAACCAUAACUUUGAAGGGUACCAA